AAAAGUUUCACAUGUACUUUAGAAUGUCUAAAGAACAGUUUGAAUUUGUACAUGACAUUAUUAAAAAUAAAAUACAAAAGAAAAGUACACAGUUUAGAGAUCCAAUUAGUACACGGGAAAGACUGGCAGUUUGUUUAAGAUUUUUGGCAACCGGAAAUUCAUUUCGCUCCAUCGCUUUUAACUACAGGUUAGGAUUUAGCACAGUUCGAAAAAUUGUAGCAGAAGUUUGCGAUGCUAUAUGGGAGACAUUAGGAUCGACUGUAUUUCCCACACCAACAGAAGAAAAUUGGAAAAAAGUUGCAGAACGAUUUAACUUGUUGUGGAAUUUUCCAAAUUGCAUAGGGGCAAUAGACGGAAAACAUAUAAAUAUUAGAUGUCCAAUAAAUGGAGGUUCUUCAUUUUACAAUUACAAAGGAAAUCAUUCUAUUGUGCUAUUAGCCCUUGUUGAUGCUGAAUACAAGUUUAUAUCAAUUGAUGUAGGAUUUUACGGUCGAAAUAGCGAUGGUAAUAUAUUCUCUCGUUCGAUGAUAGGAAAAAAGUUAGAAGAUAACAGUUUACAUGUACCGCAAAAUGCUCCUCUUUUAGAAAAUGGGGAAGCACAGCCAUACGUUAUCGUUGGGGAUGAGGCUUUUCCUUUAAAAUCUUAUCUUCUUCGGCCAUAUAGCAAGCACUACCUUACAAAUAAUGAGCCCAAUAAAAUAUUUAACUAUAGAUUGUCCCGAGCACGCAGAGUAGUAGAAAAUGCGUUUGGAAUAUUAGCUGCUCGUUGGAGAGUAUUUCAAAAACCUUUAGAAGUACAACCAACAAUGGUAGACAAAAUUGUGCUAGCAUCUUGUUCACUGCAUAAUAUGCUAUGCUCAGAUGCUAAAUGUGAUCCAAACAACACACUAUUGGAAUCACAGCCAGAGCCACAUCUAACCGCAUUACAAAAUGUAGAUAAUUUAAGACGAAACUGUACCCAAACUGCAUUCCAAGUACGAGAGAAUUUUAAGGAAUAUUUCAAUUCUCGAACAGGAAGUGUCCCCUGGCAAACAGAUAUAGUUCGCAGAGGAGAAUUGUAAAUGAAAACAAUUGAGAAAGAAACAGAAAAAAAAACAAAACAAAAACUAAAAAAAAUAAUAAAAAAUAAUAUAUAAAUAAUGUA